CAAAGAUGGCGUUUGUGGCGAGUGCUUGCGAACGUGUUAUGAAUUCUCAAAACAAACGCUAAAAGGUACUGCAAGAUAACUCUUAUAACACCAACGGUUCGCGACAGAAUGCCUUCGCCAAAGUCCAAAUCUGCCGCUCGCAGUGGAGGCAGCCCGGUGCUCGGGAGCUCCAACGACCGCUACGAGUUCAAGUCAUUGACCAAACCGCUGAACAGGUCUCCUUCUCCGCACCUCCGGCAGCGCCAGGGCUCCGACCCCACCGCCGCCCGGCUCCGCGCCUCAGACAGCCCGACCCCGCGCCGCGGCUCCAGCUCCUCCACGGGCUCGACGGGCCAGGUGGGACAGGAAGAGGACGGGAUCCGGCUGAACCCGUCCUUUUUCGCUGUGGCGCUGAGCUCGCUGCUGGCCGUGGACCUGUGGUUGUCCAAGCGGCUGGGAGUGUGCGCCUGCGAGGACUCGUCGUGGGGCAGCGUUCGACCCUUAAUGAAACUGAUCGAGGUGUCGGGACACGGCAUCCCGUGGCUGGCUGGGACCGUCUACUGCCUGUGCAAGAGUGACAGCGCCACCGGACAGGAAGUCAUGCUCAAUCUGCUGAUGGGCCUGCUGUUGGAUCUUGUUCUUGUUGCCAUUGUUAAGGCAGUGGUACGGCGGCGUCGACCAGUGUACAACCGUAUGGACAUGUUUGCAACCUUUUCCGUGGAUCGCUAUUCCUUCCCUUCGGGCCAUGCCACUCGUGCUGCCAUGUGUGGGCGGUUCCUGCUGGCACAUCUAGUUCUGGCUGCCCCUCUGCGAGUCCUCGUCCUGCUGUGGACCGGCAUGGUGGGGCUAAGCCGGGUGCUGCUGGGCAGACACAAUGUGACUGAUGUGGUGUUUGGAUUCUGGAUGGGAUAUUGCCAAUAUAACCUGGUGGAGAUGCUCUGGCUCUCGCCUCAAACCCUGCAAGAGCUGCUGGGACAGUCGGCUUAACACUGGGACCCCCAAGUGUUCACACUUUCACUUCCAUAACCCAGAAUUAUGAGUUUUUGUUUGUUUGCUUGUUUGGGGGGGGGUUAAAAUUGACAAUUGCUCUUCAGCAGUUAGUAACAUGUUGACAAUUACAGGGUACAGGAGUUAGAUGUGAUAUUAUAAUUAAACAGUUUUGCAGGAAAAAAAAUGUGGAUCUUAAAUUAACACUGUGAGGACACUCUAUAAGUACAUUUAUUUUAAUAUAGCAGAUUGAUUAAAAACCGCUGUGCAGCCAUUCCAAAAUAUCCUGGCACAGAAUUACCGUAUUUUCCAGAGUAUAAGUCGCACGUGUCAAAAAAAUGCCUCUUGAAGAGGAGAAAAAACAAGUCACAUCGGAGUGCAAGUCUAACCUUUUUUCUUUGUCAUGAGCUCUUUAAUUUGGGAUUUUUGUGCAUUAUUGUGGUGUAUUUUUUUUGUCACUCAUUUAUUCUUUUAUUAUUGGAGUUUAUUUUGUUUAGUGCCUUGAUUCCUGGGAAAGUUCUAUAUAAAUAGCCAUUAUAAUAAGAUGUGGAAGGUUUUGUAACUGGCACAAUGUGUCAUGAAAAACAUUUAACAGUUGACAUUGCACGUUUGGUAUAUUUUUAGAUUGCUUCAUGUAUUCAUUGCUCUUUGGUGAUAUUGCACAAGGUACUGUAUCUAAAAUAAUGCUCUGAAGCAGAACUAGAGGUGAGAUUGUUGAGAUUUCCAUAGUGAAUCUUUAAUAUUGGGUUGAAACGUCACUGUGACAACAGUCUUGACAAUGAUAAUGAGCCAAGUUUUGAUUUACUGAAAAUCAUUAUGAGGCCUUUGUUGUAAUAUUAUAAAAUAAGUUUUUUUUUUUUUUAAUGGUAACACUUUGACCUCAUCUUGUUUCAUUCUUGAGUAACAGAUGCAGCCUGUGAAGCAGCCUCUGUCAUGCCUCGAAUGUAGUAUGUGUGUAGAUGAGUCCUUUUCCACUCUGACCUAUUGACUGUCAUGUCUGCAAAGAUCUGAAGGCUGUGGUGCGUUUCAAUUUGUUAGAUCCAUACAUGCGCAUUGACCUGCUGACUGUGCCAGCGGUACGUACACAACUGUGUGGUUGAAAUGAAAAGCUCAGGUCAAACAAGGUUAAAACUUGAAUUGUUGCCAAGGGUAAGAUGCUUUCUGGUAAAUAUUUGUUUGCUUUUAAUCAGAAGUUGUUGACUAGUACACAAGCCAUCAGGAUGCACUUUAUUUGAAAUGAUCAUCCUCUUCCCCUUUUACAAGGUUAAGCAGCAGCAGCUGCUGCUAUCAGUCCAGUCCUAGAUCCAAAAAAUGUGCUGCUUGGCAAUGAAAACAAAAUACCUGAAAAGCUUUUUAUUUAUUGCGAUGGAAAUUUCCAACCUCGUAUAAACACAGUAAUUUAGGAACAGUUUUAUCACAUCUGUAAUCAGUCACGAUCAGUGUGAACACAUUCAGCAAUCGGCACAAAUGUAAACUUGUAGGUGGCAAGACAUAGACAAAUGUAAAAGGCUUGAGGUGUUGCACCACAGUGUGUUAUUGACAUUAUGUAGUGUAUUUGGCUUCUGGUGCACAAUUCUCCAAACUGCAUAUUGGUACUUAAAGUAUGCACUAUUUGUUUUUGUCAGAUUUUUCUGAAGUUGGCUAACCCAACAUAUUUCAAGCUUCUUUCUAUCCUCCAGUAUAUUCAGGAAAAAAAAAAAAAAAAAAAAAAAAAUCAAAUGCAAAGCCACCAAGUAGUAAUCAAUACAUACUUUGAAACAGCUGUAUCCUUUGUUCUUCGCACACAGCAGCCAUGUAGAAUAUCAUUCUGCUGUCUGGCGGUGUUCUGUUUUCAGACGUCUUCCUAUGUAAGCAAAGUUGUUAUUUCCAUGUUGUGAGUUCCACAUGAAACAUCCGUAAACAUCCAAUAGCAGUUGUAACGUUUGUGUUGCUUGAUUCCCCUCCCUUCCCCCAG